UGGGGGAGCAAGAUGCUGGUGGAGGCGGUGAGGAUCAGGUGGGCAGCCGGGAAGCUCAGCAGUCAGGGCUGUGGUGUCCUGGUGCCUGGGUGCCUGCAUACCAGUGUGUGUGUGUGCCGGCUGGGCAAUCUGCCCCACACCUCUCCACACCUCCCCCUCCCCAGCCUUCCCCAUGCAGCCUUGGCACUGUCUCCGGCGUUUCGCCCUGGCUUGGUGGGAGAGAACAGUGGAGGGCAGCCACCGGCCACCCAGAGAGGAGGCAGGACAGAGGGAACCGGGGGGCCGAGGGGAACAAGGGCUCCAGCAUGCAGCGGGAGGGAAGCCAGGAGGACUCUGUUCCCUUUGUUUAAAGUCUCCAGAUCCUGAGCGGAGCAGCCCCCCGAUGCUGUCUGCGGAUGAUGCGGAGUACCCAAGAGAGUACCGGACCCUUGGGGGUGGGGGAAGUGGGGGGAGUGGGGGCCGGCGCUUCUCCAAUGUGGGGCUCGUGCAUACUUCUGAGAGGAGGCACACGGUGAUUGCAGCCCAGAGUCUGGAGGCACUCAGUGGGUUGCAGAAGGCAGAUGCAGAGCGCAAGCGAGAUGCCUUCAUGGACCAUCUGAAGAGCAAGUACCCCCAGCAUGCCCUUGCCCUCCGAGGCCAGCAGGACCGACUCCGAGAACAGGUUGGCGGCUGGACAGUGGACCACGUGUGUCUCCUCAGUUCCCUCUGCUCCCACCUUCAUGGCGACUCUGCCCCCACUGUGGCUGGCCAGCCUGCCCAGCAGCCCAACUACUGGAGUUUUAAGACUCGAAGCUCCCGACACUCACAGGGUGCCCAGCCAGGGCUGGCAGACCAGGCGGCUAAGUUGUCCUUUGCCUCUGCUGAGUCACUGGAGACCAUGUCGGAGGCUGAACUACCCCUCGGCUUCAGCAGGAUGAAUCGAUUCCGCCAGAGCCUGCCCCUCUCUCGAUCUACUAGCCAGACAAAGCUCCGUUCCCCAGGGGUGCUAUUCCUGCAGUUCGGGGAAGAGACACGUCGGGUACACAUCACCCACGAGGUCAGCAGCCUUGACACACUCCAUGCCCUCAUCGCCCACAUGUUCCCACAGAAGCUCACCAUGGGCAUGCUCAAGUCACCCAAUACAGCCAUCCUCAUCAAGGAUGAAGCUCGAAACAUCUUCUAUGAGCUCGAGGAUGUCCGGGAUAUCCAAGACCGAAGUAUUAUCAAGAUUUACAGGAAGGAGCCGCUCUAUUCUGCCUUUCCUGGCUCCCACCUCACCAAUGGGGAUCUUCGGAGAGAGAUGGUCUACGCCUCCCGGGAGUCAUCUCCUACCCGCCGCCUGAACAACCUGUCCCCGGCCCCCCACCUGUCCUCGGGUUCUCCUCCUCCAGGCCUGCCCUCUGCCUCACCUUCUCGGUCCAGGCUCUCCUAUGCAGGGGGGAGUGGAGGCCGCCCCCCAUCCUAUGCCGGCAGCCCCGUCCACCACUCAGAAAGGCUCGGGGGGGUGCCCCCUGCACCGGGCGUUUCCCCCAGCCCCAGCGCCAUCUUGGAGAGGCGGGACGUGAAGCCCGACGAAGACCUGGCGGGCAAGGGAGGAGGGGUGAUGCUAGUGAAAGGGGAGGGCCUCUAUGCAGACCCCUAUGGGCUGCUCCAUGAGGGGCGCCUGAGCCUGGCCUCGGCUGCCGGGGACCCCUUCUCUUACCCCGGCGGGGGACUCUACAAGCGGGGCUCGGUCCGCUCCCUCAGCACCUAUUCCGCCACUGCCCUCCAGUCUGACUUGGAAGAUUCCCUGUACAAAGCAGGCCCCGGCAGCGGGCCACUCUACGGGGACGGCUUUGGCUUCCGUCUGCCCCCUGCUUCUCCCCAGAAACUGGUGGACGUGGCGGCCUCCCAGGGUGGCCCUCCACCACCCCACAGCCCUUAUUCCGGGCCUCCGAGCCGCUCCUCUCCCGUCAGGCAGUCCUUCCGCAAGGACUCUGGUUCCUCAUCUUCUGUUUUUGCUGAGAGCCCGGGGGGCAAGCCACGGGGUGGGGGAGGUUCUUCAUCUUCUGGGGUGCCCCCGUCAGAGCUUUUUCCAGGGCCUGGGGAGCGCCCACUGGCAGGCUUUGGGCCUCCAGUGCCAGCCAAGGACACAGAGACCAGGGAGCGAAUGGAAGCCAUGGAGAAGCAGAUCGCGAGCUUGACAGGCCUGGUGCAGAGUGCCCUUCUCCGAGGUUCAGAGGCUGAGACCCCCAGUGAGAAGAUCGAAGGUUCCAAUGGGGCAGCAACACCUUCAGCACCUUGUGGGCUGGCUGGGCGGAGCAGUGGGGCCCCUCCGGUUCCAGCACCUCCACCCCCUUCAGCCAGCAGCACCCCAGCAGGCCCCCCAACGGCCGUCACACGUCUACACAUGCAGCUGCACCUCCACGACCUACAACACAACGCCAGUGACCUCCGAAACCAACUUCAGCAGCUGCGCAAAAUGCAGCUGCAAAAUCAGGAAUCUGUUCGAACCUUGCUGAAGCGCACAGAGGCCGAGCUGAGCCUUCGGGUGUCUGAGGCAGUCCGGAAGCAGGAGGACCCUCUGCAGCGGCAGCGUUCCCUAGUGGAGGAGGAGAGGCUGCGCUAUCUGAGCGAGGAGGAGCUGGUCACCCAGCAGCUCAAUGACCUGGAAAAGUCAGUGGAGAAGAUCCAGAAGGAGGUGUCCCACAACCAUCGACUGGUUCCGGGUCCCGAGCUGGAGGAGAAGGCCUUGGUGCUGAAACAGCUGGGGGAGACCCUUACAGAGCUCAAGUCACAAUUCCCUGGGCUGCAGAGUAAGAUGCGAGUUGUUCUCCGGGUGGAGGUAGAGGCAGUCAAGUUCCUGAAGGAGGAGCCGCAGAGACUGGAUGGGCUUCUCAAGCGCUGUCGAGGGGUCACCGACACACUGGCUCAGAUCCGAAGGCAAGUGGAUGAGGGUACAUGGCCGCCUCCAAACAACCUCCUGAGCCAGUCUCCAAAGAAGGUGACAGCUGAGUGUGACUUCGGCAAAAGCCUGGACUUCGAGGUGCCACCGCCCAGCCCUCCCCUGAGCCUCCAUGAGUUGGGGGGGCCAGGCGAGGGCACCGCUCACACACCCAAGGGGGGCAAUCCCUCCAGGGGUCCUGAAACACCCAGCAAGAGAAGCGUGGACAAGGCCGUGUCUGUGGAGGCAGCUGAGAGGGACUGGGAGGAGAAGAGGGCAGCCCUGAGCCAGUACAGUGCCAAGGACAUCAACCGGCUGUUGGAGGAGACCCAGGCAGAGCUGCUGAAGGCCAUCCCGGACCUGGACUGCGCAGGAAAGCCUCGAGGGCCAGCCCCAACCCCUGAGCACAAGCCCUCCAAAGCCCCCCAUGGCCAGAAGGCAGCCCCCCGCGGAGAGGCCAGCGGGCGGAGGGGCUCAGAUGAGUUGACUGUGCCCCGAUACCGGACAGAGAAGCCUUCCAAGUCGCCCCCGCCGCCCCCUCCCCGCCGUAGCUUCCCCUCGUCCCACGGCCUUACCACCACCCGCACCGGGGAGGUUGUGGUCACCAGCAAGAAAGACUCAGCCUUCAUCAAGAAGGCAGAGUCAGAGGAGCUGGAGGUGCAGAAGCCCCAAGUGAAACUCCGCCGGACAGUGUCUGAGGUGGCCCGUCCCGCCUCCACGCCGCCCAUCAUGGCCUCAGCCAUCAAGGAUGAAGAUGAUGAGGAUCGAAUUAUCGCAGAGCUGGAGGUGUUUGAGAGAAGUUCAAUGCCCCUCUCCCCCACGCCCCGCUGCCAGCUGCUCCCAGCCUCGCUCUCCCCCCAGGAAUUGGGGCCCCUUGGGGUCCCCACCCCGGGCCCCCCACGGAAGAGCGGCGGGGUCUCCAUCCCACCCAUGAAGAUGGUGACGCCAGGGGCAUCCAGGCUGAAGCCAGGACAGGCAAGCAGCCCUGACAAAGGCAAGCACAGCAAACAGCGGGCAGAGUACAUGAGGAUCCAGGGCCAGCAGCAGGUCAGUAGACCAUCUAAAGAGGUGAGCGGGUCAAAUGAGACCUCAAGCCCAGUCUCAGAAAAACCCUCUGCUUCCAGAACCUCCAUCCCCGUAUUGACUUCCUUUGGGGCAAGGAAUUCCUCCAUCUCCUUCUAAAGCCCUAUGAUCUUCCUCCCAUUUCCUCCCCUCUUCUUCCUCCUUCUACUUACCUCUCACCAUAUUCCCUUCAUUUCUCCACUCCCAACAUACCCUCCUCCACAAUCUCAACAGGAUUUGCCACAGUUGUGCCCACCUUCUAGCUGCCCUAUUCCCACCUGUGGUGUUUUUGAUUUUUUUAAAUAAUCCACUUUUAAUGACCUUUUUUAAAAAGCCAAAACAAAAAAAUGAAAAUCAAACACACCACCUCCCCCUUUUCUGUCCUGGAAUGGUCUCCUCUUGGGCCACCGUCCUUCCCUAUUUUCUAUCCCAAUUUCCUCUUUCACCAUCCUGUACUUCCCUGUUAUUCUUACCCAUCCUCUCCUCCUUCCUCCCUCCCUCCCCCUUUCCUUUUUCCUGAUUCCCUUCUGGCUUCCCCAUACUGCUCCAAAUGAACUUCAACAUAUGUCUGGAAUUUCCAAGCUAUAAGGACUUGGAGUUGUGAAAGGUACCCCCUCUCCCACCCUGAUACCUUCGUGGGAGAAGAAGUGGACAUUGGACCCAACUUUAAUGAGGGGGCUCAGAGAUGGGGGGACAAGGAGAGACCCUGGAAACAACCUCCUGACUGUCUGACCUCUGGACAUGACUGUUAAUCUGUUGCUGCUGCUAUGCUGGUUCUCUCCUCCUGGAAGAGGCAUUGGAAGCCAAGAUGAAUGGACUGGAGAUAGAACCCCCAGCUUCAGGGGCUGCAGGGAGGCCUCCGUGUCUGUGUCUUCAAGAGAGAGGACAUGAGGUCUGCCCUUUAUUGGCAAUAAGGAAUUACUCACGGAGUCCAGAGCUGGAGUGAGGGGAGGGCUGUUUGGGAUUCUGUGCAUUUGGGGCAAGGGCAGUCCAGUGUUGAGGGGACACUGCCCUGGGGGAGUGAGGACACCCCAGGAAGGGACUUUACUUUUAGUUUAUUAAUUUAGCACUUUAAAUGUCAUUAAUUUAUUUAAAAGGAGGGGGGAAGGCAGCAAGAAUCUGAUGUGGUACUAAGAUGGUUGCCAGAUUAUGUGGGAAUCUGGAAGAUUAGUCAGUGAGGGAAGGUAGGAAAGAGAAAGAGAAGAAGAGAGUAAGGAAAUUUAUCAGAUUCUCCUCUUCCCCCAUUAGAAAUAUAGGAAUUUUCAGGGAAGUACUGAAGUGGUGGAGAAACAGGCAUGGAUCCGGAGUCUUUGGACUUGGGUCACAGUGGCCACAAAGGGAACUGGCUGGCCAGCCAGAGCUCAGGCCUGACCAGUCUAGGAGCUGCACUGGCCCAGGGCCCUGUAGAGUAUUUGGGCCUAUCCUGAGGUGUCCAGAAGGUUAUUAAGUGGGCCUUGGACUGGAAGGAAUCUAGGAUUGUCCCAGGGUCCAGGAUGGUGGGGAUGGGUAACUGAAUGAAAGCUGGGGAGUAGACCUAGAAUAGAAAACAAGGUCCCUUUGAACCCUCUCCCUCAGCAUCUGAAGCACAUGAGUGCCAGCACAGGAAGUGAAUGAGGCAAGGUAGUGCAAUCAACUCAGCCAGGAACGGGGUCUCCUGAGAGUAUAAGCACAGAGAAAGGAUAAGGGGGAAAGGGGGUCAGACUUUGAAGUUUGGUGUUUUGUUGGUUGGUUUUUUGUUUUGUUUUGGUUUUUUUGGUGGGUUGGUUCUUGUUUUCAAGAUUGGGAUCAUUUUUGUAUGAAGGUGUGUGAGGUUUUUUGAAGAAUAAUUUAGAAGAGGAAAAAACUCACAAAAACUGAACCCUCCUGAACCCCCCCUCCACAAAAAAAAUAUAAAGGAAAAAAGGGGAACCUCAUAAAUGAUGCAAUUACUUUUAAUUGCAGGCAACUCUUUACAUUUAAGUGAAGUGUCUUAACAUUUUAUAUUGUUUUAAAAAUAUAUUUACAUAUUAUAUAUAUAUAAUAUACGUAAUAUAAAUAUAUAUAAAUAUUUAAAAAACGGGAAAAAAAAGAAACCUAAGCACUCUCCCUGGCCGCUGUCUGGCGGGGGAGGGGGCUGGGAGGCCAGGGUCGGGGAGGCAGCUUUGUCUGACUUCUGGUUUGGUUCAAUUUGGCUGUACAGAGACACCCCUCUCCUUCCCCCACCUCAGCCCAGGGGAGUGGAUCUGCCCCCCACCCCCACCCCAAAAGCUGUUUCCCCCCAGCCUUGACCUUUCCUUCCUACUCUUUGGAGCUCAGUGCCCUCCCUCCACAGACUGCACCUUUCCUGCCCUAUGGGGAUCAUGGCCCCUGCUCCUGCCCCCUCCCCCAGCCUGCGCUCCUCCUGUCCCUCUCCCUUGGAGGCCAAGUGUGUUGCCCACUGUCACUGUCUUGAGUGUAACGUCCCUUUGUGGCCUGUGUGAAGCCAAGGGGCGAGGGGACAGAUGUGUUCAGAGACAGCCUUGCUCUCCUCCCCAGCACCUCUGCCGACUGAAAAGAGACCCGGGGUGGGGGUGGGGAUCAAGGAUGCUUUCUUCCCCUUCCUUGCAACUUUGUGUGUAUGGAGGGGGAGGCGGAAGGCACAUGGUCCUGGGAGUGUGCAGGUGUCCAUCUACAUGCUUGUACACGCACCCGGUGCGUGCGUUCGUGCAUACGCUUGUGUCCCACUCCUCUGGCCCCUUUCCCAAAACCUUCACCAGGGGAAGGGAUGGAACAAUCCCCAGGCCCUUUCUGGCCCCCAGAUAAAGACCACCCUCCCUGUCCCUUCUGCCAAGUUUUGUUUUCGACCAAACCCGCCCGCAGCACGUUCCCAUUCUAACCCCGCUUGCCCUGCUUGCUGCAUGCGCCUCACUGCUCGCACUAGUCUGUUGUCCGUCCGUGUGUGCUUGACAAAAAGAAAUCUAAGAAGUCUGGGGGAGUACUCCUCCCCCUCUCUCUCCCCUGCUGUGCCGUGGCUCUCGCAUGGGCGUUUUCUUUUCCUUUUCCUUCCCCCAGUAGGCUGUUUCCACAGGAGCCGCACCCCAAGGGCCCUGAGUGGGGUCUCCUAGGGCUGGGGCGACUCUGUGCUCCCCUCCCCUCCCCCAUAGGGCUCGUGUUGGUGUAGCAAUGACUGGCUGCUUUGGAUAUUCUGUGAUCUCUGUCAGUGUAACUUGACAAUUUCUAAAUGGAAAAGGGUUGCUGUAUUCUCUCUGUCUCUGUCUUUCUCUCCCUCCCUCUUUUUUAAUGUCCUUCCUCAUCUUUCCCUUUUUGUUUUUUCUAGCCAAGUGUUUGGGGCUUUAAUAAAACUUGUUUCUUUUUCCUCUC